AUGACUGCAAAAUUUGUUCAAUUCAAACCUAACAGUAUUUCCCUUUGUUGUUCUUUGUCUUACAGUUCAGAAUUGAAUCAUCAUUUGAAAUCUUCACCAGCAGUGAAAUUUGAUUCUUGUGAUGCGAAUUCGACUGUGAUCGACGUUCAUCCAAUUCACAACUCUAAAGGCAGUGGUAAUUUAACUAAAGCUGUUUUAAAACAAGAAUAUCUCAUGAACAUAAUCUUCUACUUCCAAAAUUUAUUUUCUUCUCUUAAGCCAAAAGUUAAUUUAUGA